CUGUUUACUCAUACGCUAUCUCCCUACCCCGCCGUCGUCCUUCAUUACCACCCUCACCGUCUCGGAAACAUCCAACAAUUAUAACCCUUUUUAUACGUUGUGAAACGGAUUCGUUGUUGGAAUGGCUUCCUCGGGUCGUGGCCGUCUGGCUGGCAAGAAUGCCGUGAUCACGGGAGCUGCAGGCGGUAUCGGCCUUGAGACCAGCAUCCUGUUUGCGAAAGAAGGUGCCAAUGUGCUCAUGACGGAUAUCUCACAGGAGGCGUUGGACAAGGCUCUGGCCAAGGUCAAGCAGCUCGUGCCCAACGCCGGCCGUCUCGAGACUAAGCGCUGCGACGUCUCCAGAGAAGCCGACAUUCAGGCGAGCGUGGAGCACCUCGACGCCUGGGGCGGGCUCGACGUCAUUUUCAACAACGCGGGCAUCAUGCACGCGCGCGACGACGACGCCCUCAACACGCCCGAGGAGAUCUGGGACUUGACACACAACAUCAACGUCAAGGGCGUCUGGUUCGGCUGCAAGCACGCCGUGCUAGCCUUGCGUCGCCACAAGAAGACGCGCGGUAGCAUCAUCAACACGGCUUCCGUCGUCGCCCUCGUCGGUUCCGCCACCCCGCAGCUCGCCUACACCGCCAGCAAGGGCGCCGUGCUGGCCCUCACGCGUGAGCUUGCCAUCGUCCACGCCCGCGAAGGGUUCCGUUUCAACAGCCUGUGCCCGGCCCCCCUCAACACUCCCUUGUUGCAGGACUGGCUGGGCGAUGAUGCCGCCAAGCGCCACCGCCGCGAGGUGCACUUCCCGACGGGACGGUUCGGUGAGGCUAUCGAGCAGGCGCAGGCAGUGCUGUUUUUGGCGACCGAUGAGAGCAGCUUCGUCAACGGGUCCGACUUUGUCGUCGACGGUGGCAUGAGCAAGGCAUAUGUCACGCCCGAAGGCCCGGCUGCGGCGCCGCCGGUUAACAAUGCCCUCAAGGAUAGCCUCGAGUGAGAGAGUGUAAGGAGAGACGGGGAUUGCCAUUGCCAUAGAAGGGGUUGGUGCUAAUCAUGAAGGGAUCAUAACUGGGAUAGACCAUAGACGAGUUACCCCUGAUAUUCUCGGUUUGGCAAUACAUCCGACCCCUUACAGGGCGGCAUUCAGAAACAUGGCUUUGAGCGAGGGCCGUACAUCUGACCUUUUGACCUGGCU